AUGGACACGCCCGAGCCACGGCGCGGGGCUUCGGAGGAGGUCGAGGUCGACGAAUAUGGCCCGCCCGCGUCGCCCACCGAACAGCUGCCCGAUGACCUGCCCAAGUCGCUGGAUGACCGUCGCUCGGCGCCGGUUUUCCACGAGACUGAGAUGUACGAUGCCUGGCAAGGACAAUCGCAAUACCUGACCACACCCGUAGCCGCGAAGCCUCUUUCCUUCAGCCUAGCGCUCGAUGACCACUCGCACGACAAUGACCCCGAGCUGCGGUACGGCCGCGAUGCCGAGGACAGCGAUGCCCGGCUGAUGGAGAUGCUUGCCGCGCAAGCCGCGCACCGCGAGGGGGACUCGCUAGGCGCGGACGAGGAGGAUAUCGCCACGAAUGAGAAACUGAGCGAGGUCGAGAAGAAGCGGACUCUGCAGAAGGCCUUGAAUAUGGCCGCGAGCAAUGGCGACGUGGAACGGGUGCGCAAACUGGUGCAGGGGUUGGCGAAGGAAUACGUUGAUGUCAAUCUGCCUGACGAGGAAGGGACGGUGCCGUUGAUUUAUGCGAGUUGCUUUGGACAUCAUGAUGUGGUUGCUGCUCUUAUUGACGCGGGCGCCUUUGUCGAUAAGCAGGAUCGCAACCAGUGGAGCGCGCUCAUGUGGGCGAUGACAAACCGACACAAGACGAUUGCGAAGCUUCUUCUUGACCAUGGCGCUUCUCCUGAUAUCAAGUCGUCGUCUGGAGGCACGGCCUUGGAUUUUGCACAGCCGGGCAGCGAGAUCUCCGAGUAUCUCCAUGAGAACGGCUACAACUUUGGUCCUGCCAUUGAGGACGAUUUCUACGAUGACGGGUUGGCACACGGGCGGUUCGAAGAAGAGAUUGCGGAGAAUGAAAUGAAACGCCGCAUGAUGAUGGAGGAAAGCGCACUGAACUUGGAAGUUGACUUAUCUAGUCUUGGAAUGGACGAGCAGUUGGAGACUCUAGAUGAUGAUGAAUUGGAGGAAGAGCAGCAAGAAUUUGCCUGGGACAGGUGUCUGAACGACCAGAUGUUCGUGUUUCAAGAUCACGAGUUGGAGCGCAUCUUGGAUAUGGUUAUCACCAACAUGACCCCCCAAAGAUCUCCCUCCCAGAAGCCGGUGCCGGCGAAUCUUAUUUUCUUAAGUGCACGGUAUGCACACUACCACGCGAGCCCCGAGCUGCUGGCGACUCUGCUCACCUCCGCAACGGACAAAAUCAAUGAUGUUGUCGAACGCCACCAAUGGGACAUGACCAUGCAAGCAUUCUGGAUCUCCAAUGCUACGCUGUUGCUCCAUUAUCUGAAGAAAGAUGCAGGUUUAGUGGAGGCGACGGUCCAGUUCCAGCUCCAUCUGGCGGAACUGAUCAACGAAAUUUUCGUUCUUAUCAUUCGGGAUGCCGAACGCCGAAUGAACAAAAUCCUGGAUGCGGCAAUGCUGGAUCAUGAAACCAUCCCCGGGCUAGAGGAUAUUGCAUUCCAAAACGAGUGGAAACUGUUCCGCUCCAAAAACAAGGCCAAGCCCGAGCCUGCAGAGAAGCGAUUCCGGCCGCCUUCCCCUCGUCGACGAGCGCAGGUCUCACCGCGGAAUAUCACCUCAUUGCUUUCGUCGACUCUGUUCGUGCUCGAUCUCUACGAUGUCCACUCCGUCAUCACGACGCAGAUCCUUUCUCAGCUCCUCUACUGGCUUGGCGCGGAGCUUUUCAACCGAAUCAUGAGUACGAAACGCUAUCUCGCACGGACCAAAGCCAUGCAGAUUCGCAUGAACGUCUCGACUUUGGAAGAUUGGGCGCGCAGCAACAACAGGCAGCCCGAACACUACGAGAAUGGGUCCACGUCCAGCACUGGCGAGACGACGAUGGAAUCUGCGCGACGACACCUGGCACCAGUCAUUCAGCUGCUUCAAUGGCUACAAUGUUUUUCUUCUCUUGGAGACGACCACGAGUCUCUCGUGACGACGUUGCUGCAGUUGCAACAGCUUACCCCCGCGCAACUUCUGCAAGCCGUGAAGUCGUACCGCCCAGAAGUCGGCGAAAAGGGCCUCACGAAGCAGGCAAUGAAGUUUCUGCUCGAGUUGCAACGCGACCCAACCCUGUUAUCCCGCGAGCAGCAGAAGAUCUUGAUCGAAAAGCAAAAGGCAGCCGAUGCCCCGGCGCCUGACGGAGCGAGUGAUGCUCGUCCCACGACGCCCACAAAAAGCCAGCAGCAAGCUCCCUCCGCGGCCACAUCUCCCGAGCACGGCGUCACAGCCUCGCCUGGCUCGGUGGGUUCCCGGCCUGCUAGUAUUGCUGUCAUAACCGGAGCCGAAGACCGCUCAGGCCAGCGCAGCGUUUUCCUCGAUCCCACGUUCUUCCUCCCUUUCUCCCUGCCGACCAGCACCGAUAUGUUGAUUAGCUAUGGCGCCGGCUUCGGCGGGACGAACCGCGAGCGAGCGCGCAAGUAUAUUCCCACUGUCCCGCCGGAAGUGCUGAGUCGGUUUGACCGCAGCGACGUAUAG